AUGUGCCAGAGCCUCGGUGGUGACAGUCUCGACAGAUACUCCCUGGAGCGUUCUCUUCAUCUUCUUGAGGCUGGAGCCCAUCCUGUCUUGACCUGCUAUCUCGCCGAGCAGAACGCAUGCCUUCUGAUAUAUCGUCAGGAGAGCGGGGGCGAUGAAGUUGUCGUGUUUGAAGCUUUCGAGGCGCAGCCACCAUCUGAGGAUGUUCUCGCUGCCCCGAAUUCCCUUCGAUGGCAGUUUCCGUCCCGGGCGGUCCAAAUCUCGGCGAACGACUUCGACAACAAGUCUUUCCAGUCUUCUCUCUCAUCGUUUCUUGAAAAGGCCAGCUCUGAGUCACUGGUCCAUCUUGCCGCAACAGCCACCAAAGCCGGACGAACCAUUCCCGAGUCACGCAACGGUGGUAGCCCAGCCCUGAUCACUCACAUGUUGCUCUCGAUCCUCAUGGCGAUUGGGGGGCCCGCGAACGUAUGUCCGAUAGACAAACGCGUGCGAGACGAUGUCAACUUUGGCCCGGGAGGUGAAAGCAGCCCCUGGCGGCGUUCGCCAUUUUGGCUUGCGUGUCGCGUUGCUUCUCACCGCCAGCUGGAGCUGAUCUUUGGCAAGGGUCCGGGGCUCGUCGCCUACAAGCUUCUCAUGGCCACGGUGCUGAGCCAGCUUUUGUCCGACUACACUGGUACUGCUAUGGACUCCUCCAAUGUUGUCCUCCUUCAGAAGAAGCUGUGCCGCAGACUGGGCAAGCUGGAGAAACUCGCAGAUGAACACAGCUCUGACGUCGCCCAUCUGCUCCGAGAGGCCACAAUAACAGGCAUAUUCCAGGCACACCUUGACGAGGCAAGCCGAUAUGUCCACUCCGAAGUCUCUGCCUUCAAGCGCUCAACGACCCGAAGGGUGCCCUUUUUGCCGUUGCGCAUUCCACUUGAUGCGCAUGACUUUCGCUUGUCUCUUCCCAGUAGUGAAUCAUACUUGUCCGACCUCUGUGCUUCAUGGUCGCGACACCAUGCUGCAAGCUAUGUCGAUGGACCUCAAACCGUGAUGGGAGAUCUCAGCUAUCAAACCGGCACCCAGGAAACGCGGGGGCUUGUCCAAAACUUCCUAGACGUUUCUCGAGAAAUCGCCAAGGCUGAUAGCAAGGCCAAAUCGCUUCUUCCAGCUAUCCAAACCAUGCACCCUCGGCAAGUCGAAGAAGCUGUCAUCUCCAUCUGCUCAAUUCUCAGCCAGUUACUAGAAAUUGCGUCAUCUUCCAGAGAGGAGAGCCCGGAGCAAAACAGCAAACUACUUCUAGCAGUCUUUGAUCUCUGGACCGUUAUGGACUCUGCUGCUUCUGUGUCCUGCCCGCUGUUGCAAGACUACAAGCCCCCCUUUGCAGGAGAUAUUCUGGACGUUCUCCAUGUUUCCUCGUUGGAGGACAUGGCCCGGGCCCAACAAGAGCUCAACCGCAAGGAAAAGACGCGCGAGUGGGAGCAAGGCUGCCAGAGAUAUGACCAAUAUUCCGAUGGGAUAAGUCGAAACGUUUGCCGUUGUACCUAUAACCAUGAUGGUACUAAGAACGUCAAUGGUUGCAAUCACUGCUACAAUUUCCGAGCAAGAAAAAGAAUGAAGAUAAGCGUCUGCGAGGAUCUGCUACCAGAAGAUACCUCGAAAGCUUGUGCUAUUGUUUUUGAGUUGGCAAUCCCGUCAUGCAUAGCUAGGUACCGCGAUAUGACGUGGGCCAUCAUGACACAGCUUGCUUACCCGAGCCUCCCUGUUUCCAAAAAGCAAUGCUUCCUCCUGAGGAAGGAACCGUUUUUGAAUAAGUUUACCCAGAAUGGCGGCUUGCAGCCCAUUGUGUCCAUGGCAUCCGUCAAGAAGAGCUUCUCCAAGACGCACUAUAGCACGCGGAAGAUGAAGACCGAUCUAGAAAGCCUUCUGGUUCCGCUUGGGCUCGACUUCAAGUUGUAUGACUCCGCUGCAAAGGUGUGGGUUGAUGACCUUUCUAUGCCUCUCACCUUGGCGCACUGGUGCGGCCUCCAUGUCCCUGCUUCUCUUACCUCCACAGUCCUGCCGACGAUUGUGCACCCGCCGACCAGUCCUCAGGGACCCUCGUCCUACGAAGCAGUCUCGAGUCGACUGCAGUGUCCCCAAAGCAUAUCUGUCCAUGAAUUCGAGGCAUACCAGCGGCUCUUGUCGGGACAAUCGCGGCGCUGGCUGACCAUGCUGACCGAACUCGGGUCUCCUAACCUCAACUUCAGCAAGGUGGAUACGAGGCUUCUCUUCUCGGGACUAGCUAGCCAAGCAGGCCCUCGACGCCCCUCUCAUGGCUCCGAUACGACCAUGGGACAAUACCGAGACACUGUCCGUGGCGUCUGUCACUCUAUACUGACAGACGACUACUUUGUCUGUCGCUUGCUCGAGGAGUUGGGAAAACGCCUUGACAGCAUCCGGGGCAAUUGGCGUGAGACCCAAACCAUGGGCAUCAUAGUUUCCUUGACCCUGAGGAUACACUCUUUCACGGAGAGUGACGAUGUUCGCACAUCAACCUCUGCACUUCUGCAGUCUUCGAGGUCCACCAUGCUCGACUGGAUUCAAGCUUUGGGACGGGAUGUCAGGGCCACGACAGACAGCGAAACUGCACGGCGUAACUCGAUCGUAAUGUCGGCCCGUGACGUCUCGGAUUUUCUAUACUCCUCUGUCGCUCUGCAACAGAAUCUUGUUCUGGACGUCAAAGCACUGCCACUGCAUGAUAGGCGGGACUUCCGUCAGGACUGUGUGCUGGCCAACGACCUGAGGCACAGAAUCCGUGAAGCCAUCGAGGCUCAUCCAGCCUCUGUGACUCGUGCAGUUCUAUACGGCAUCGGUCUGGACGACUACGAUUCAGGGGAGUCUGGCAGAAAGGGCAGGACCGAGAACCUGCAUAUCUCCUGCCAGCGCUUUCAUAGCAAUACCGAUGAAGACUGGAUGACGUUUAUCCUUCAAGAUUUGGCAGAUGAUUCCCUGAAGCCUCAGAGAAUCGACCUGAAUUAUACAGAAGGACAUCUGUUGGUGGGCGGCCAAACGGCCAAUAAGCUUCCACAAGACAUCCGGGAUUCGAAAGAUGUCAGGGAGCUUAUCGGGGCCGAGCAUCUGCUCACAUACGCAUCUAACCUACCAGGAAUGACCUGCCGACUCAUCUUCAAGGUUCAGGACAACGAGGUCCACUUUGGCCGCCGCAACGGGCGCGUCAUCAUCGUGAUAAGGGACGGCUAUGGCAAAAUCCGGGAGUACGUCCCGCGGCACAUUUUCAUCAGUGCCGCGGAAGUUUACGACUUGCCGCGUCCCCUCGUCGACAACUGCUCCCACUGGUUCGAUUGCCGUACUUGGAAAGUGGAAUGCCGUCGUUCAAAAUGGAUCUCCCGACCUGCAGACUGGAAGUUGGACCUUCAGUCUCGUCAGGUCCAGCGCAGAGGAGUACUGCUUGCGGAUCCGCAUUCCAGGAUCUGCAGCAAGAUUGCAGAUGUGUUCCGCUACUUUGCUGAUCCCCAGCGUCUUGUGGUUUACCUGCCACUUAGCGAGCGUGGCAGACUGUCGGUUGAGCUUCGCCACCUUGAUCUCUCAUUUGUCGUCGGCACAAAUGGCUGCCUUCAGUCCCGAGAGCUUCGUGCAGAGGUGGACCCAGACCAGGACGUCGGUACUCUAUAUGGAUUUCAGAGCAAGAUUGUCUUGCGCGAGACGGAAUGCCAUGACCGUCGGAGCGUCCGAGAUUCGGCAGAAAGUGACAAGGCAUACGGACGCUUUGACAUUGACGACGUUCUGGGUCGUCUGACCUGUCCCCCAGAGCCCUUACUCCUGUUCACCAAGGCCCAGCUGCAUGCCUUCACAUCGCUUCCACUGCCAGACCCCCUUACCGGCCGCACCGGCGAGGAGGAGUCUGUCCAUACUCUCACUUCCGGGCGCAUCCAACCGUGGAGUGAAUUGUCCAACCCUGGUGUCGAAAUUCUCGAUCAGAUUGGGCAUCUUGCGCCCCUGCGAACCUACUAUCCUGAGGAUAAGCGAGUCCUGCAGAAGACGAGAUGGAGCAGCUCGCUGCCGAUAUGCAUGCAGAAGGACCGAUACAAACGGCUUGCUGGUGAAAUCUGGCACAAGAUACAGAGACUCGCCAUGUUCUCACCCGAAGCGAAAUCGGAAGCUGCCGUCGUGAACACGUAUGAGAGCUCUCUACAACGUCGAGGCGAGAUACAGCAGCUCCGAUAUGAGUGCCCUCAGUCACGGAGCCCAGGAUUUUCGAUUAUUCAAAACAUGGACCUGAAGUAUAGAUCGAGCGGCACCUUUGGCACGGCAGGCGUGAGAGAUGAUGCUUCUGCAAAGCUGAACUCAGCGGCAGACGACGUGUACCAUAUCGCCCACGUAUUACGGAGCGACGUGUUCCGAGUUUCCAUGGUGCGGCCAUUUCGCGAUAUCCUCCACGAGUGGCCUCUCAUAGGCGGUUUUCACAGCCCCUUUGACGCCAAGUCUUCUUCGCUUGCCACGCUUAUGGAUGCAAAGACGCUUGGGGAACGUUGGGGUAGCUUCGUCGAGCUCUGCCGGACAUCAGACCCGGCACAGGAAUUUAACGUCAUGUUCGAGGAACAACCGACGGCCGAGACCUUGGAGGCUCUCAUUUCCACAGCAUACGUACAAGAGGAACCCUUAGCGGCAGGCCAAUACCUGAACUGGACGGCCACCGAGACCACAGAAGCGUCCGAUGGGCAUCUGGCACGCUGCAAAGCCGAAGGAUCACGCAUGGCGGCGUAUGUCCUGCACGAAUGGCCCGAGAAAACCACGCCGACCGCCGACGGCUUUACCUCGGACAUGAUAAUCGUUCUGGAUGCACUCAGGUCAAUUGAGCCGGAGUGGGAGCGCUUGCUCCGGAACAAGGCCCUCUCGGAAUAUGUCGUUGAGGUUGAGAAGUCAACCGAUUCGUUUGUCAAGGGAAAACAAUCCAGGGCGAUGGGCAAAGGAAAGCGGAUUAGAGCUCCCAGAACCCUCGUCACAGCGCCCCAGAGCAUUGUACCUUCACUGCUCGAAGACCUGGCCACCCAUGAUAUUGCAGCACCGCUCUCUUACAAGAUGGAAACCGAUCACAGCCUCCCGACCGUUCCCACGCAACCUGAAGGCGCUCAGCCGGAGGGCACUGGAAGAAGGAACGUAGUGCAGCCUAACCGGUCAGAACAAGUUCUAGAACUACGGAACAUUGUCACCCUCUUUGGAAAGUCCUCAAGUACGCACCGAUCAAAAUACUCUCACGAUCUCAGCGGGAGUCUUGAUGCCUUGGAGGAUGCCGGAAACAUGCAGAAGGAGAUGGGAUUGGUAGAAGCGAAACUUCCUUCCCUUGGCAGUAUCCAGAACAGAAUCUCGAACAGCCUACAUGCCGCGAACGCCGAAUUCACGCGUCUUGUGACGGCCUUCUCUUCGAACACUACACAAGAAGCAGAUACCACGUCGGGGCACGGUCAAGCCUGGCUGCACCAAGGUGGUCAGUGGCCUCGCCUGACGUUCGUUUCCAUGUUGGAACUCCUGCAAUCUACUUCCAAGGUCAGACUUGGGAAGAAUGUCAAAAAAUCGCUGGUGUCCUUUGGCUGUGCUGUUGCCAAUCUGCAGAGAUUGAAGCGCGUACAGAGGCUGUGCCAGAAGGGGCACACUCACAGAGCCAAGGAGGAGUGGCAGAAUCGAGGUCAUGGAAGCUGGAAGCCGCAGGAUAACCCAGACUGGCUGCUUCUCGAGAUCGACAGCGAUAUACUCAUUCGCGAAGAGCAAGUCGAGGUAGCGCGAGAGAUAAUUGCACCUGGCAAGCGAAGGAACUCGGUCUUGCAGCUGAACAUGGGAAAAGGCAAGUUCACCUAA